UGAACUACAUUCCACCGUGGCGGGUUAUGUUAGCAAUACUUCCGAAUAAGUUUACUGUUAUCGAAAUACUGUAAUAAAUUAUCAAAGUGAGAAUAAUGAUGUUGUGCGUGAUCAGUUAUACUGUGUGUUUAUAAUUCUCAAAUAAGUGUACAGUGAUUUCUGUGAUGUAGCAAAGAAGCAAGAGUAACGGUAUUGUUUAGUGUCGUGAACUUUUGUGAAUUCGAAGUUACAUGGUUACACCUAUGUGGAAGCCAGUUUGUGAAUAAGAAGAACAGGAUGCCAUACUUAUUUUAGAAAUAAAAUCAACGGUUCGCUAAGAUGGAGCUUCGGUGGCGUGUUCUAGCGCUAUGGACUUUACAUUUUACAAUAGUGUCCUGCAACAAACUGCCAGUGUUCACGCAGGACAUGAACAACCUGGCGCUGUCGGAGACCACGCCCACCGGCUCCGUCGUCUACACGCUCCAGGGGAUGGACCCGGAUGGGCUGCCGAUAAAAUACAACCUGGUGGGAACCGACAAGUUUACGGUAAACCUGAGUACCGGGGAAGUAACCCUAAACCGCCCGUUAGAUAGAGAGACUGAAGAUACAAUUAAGUUUUUAGUGUCAAUAGAAAGCCAAAACGAAGAUCCGGCGAAGAAUUUGGCUCAGCUACAGCCGGUGACUGUGAUAGUCCUCGAUGAAAACGAUAAUCCGCCUACUUUUAAAAAUAGUCCUUAUGAGGUAGAUGUUCCUGAAGACGAGGCGAUUGGUACAACCAUUCUGACCAACAUCCAAGUUGAAGAUAAAGAUUCUGUAGGAGACAGCCUCGAAGUUGGAUGUUUGAGUGAACAAUGGCCCGAAGCGUGUGAAGCUUUCGAGGUGGUUGCCCUGAACUCAUCUGCCAACCACUACACUGGAGCUUUGGUGCUGAAGAAAGCUCUGAACUACAACGACAAGCAGUUUUAUCAGUUCCAACUUUACGCCACCGAUGGCACCCUAAACUCUACGGCCCACGUGGAAGUCAAAGUAGUGGACGUGCAGAACUCCCCACCUGUAUUCAGUGGGGCCCUUAGCGGGGCGUUGUCUGAAGACGCCCCAGUGGGGACUCUGGCGCUCACUGUGAAGGCAAGAGAUGCUGAUAGAGCGCAACCUAGGGAUGUCAUGUUGGAACUUGUUACUAAUCCUUUGGACUUCUUCGUCCUGGACAGUUCCACGGGAGAGCUAAGGACCGCCAAGCCAUUGGACAGAGAAGCUUUAGCUGAUCCCUCAUCACCACUUAAUCUUACAGUCAGGGCUACAGAGAUAGUAAACGGCUCUCCUCUCUACUCCGACCUGACAUCCACCACUGCUACCAUCACCGUUACCAUCAAAGACGUCAACGAUGAACCUCCUCGAUUCAACCGGAGGGAAUACAGCGUGGAGAUUCCAGAGAGCCUUCCUGUGGGGACGCCACUGCCUAACUUGGAUAUGGUGGUCACUGAUACGGACUUGGGUCUGAACUCAGUGUUCACUCUUCGCCUGUCAGACGAGUUUGGAGCGUUCAUUGUGGAGCCUUCCACAGCCACCGGCAGCGCAUCCGUGACCCUCAGGCUUAACUCCAGCCUAGACUACGAGGAUCCGAACCAGAGGAAGUUUAUUUUGGAGGUCAUAGCAGAAGAACUGCACACCUCGCCCCGCCUCUCCUCAAAAGCGAGUGUCACAGUGUCCCUGACAGAUGUCAAUGACAACGCACCUCAAUUCGCUGACGAGCCGUAUUCUGCUACUGUGCCUGAGGCAGCCCCAGCUGGUACUAAAGUGGCCAUUGUGAGGGCGACUGAUAGAGACACUGGAAGGUUUGGCACAGAAGGCAUAGUGUACCAGCUAUCUGGAAACGGCGCUGAACUAUUCAGAGUGGACAACAGAACCGGGCUCAUUACUGUGGCGCCCUGUCCCACGCCUGGGCAAACCCCGUGCCUGGACUUUGAGACUAGGAAGGACUACUUCUUGCAGUAUAAGGCAACCGACGACGACGGUUCAGGCCAGAACACAGUCGUGUCGCUGCAGAUCUCCCUGACAGACUCCAAUGAUAACCCGCCAGUAUUCUCCACGCCGGUCUACAAGGCCUCCAUAGACGAAGACGCGGUCAAGUUCGAGCCGGAAUUGCAGGUCCAAGCCCGCGAUCUGGACGCAUCAUCAGAACUCCGCUACUCUAUCAUCGAGCCGGCCACCCAUCCGUUCUGGAUCGACCAGCUAUCGGGUCGCAUUGCCGUGCGACCAGAAGCAGUCAUAUCGCAGAGUGGCGACGAUAACAAGAUCUACUUGACUAUACUGGCCACAGAUGGAGUCCACAACGCGACGUGUCGCGUGGAGGUGACAGUGAGAGACGUGAACAACCACGCGCCUGUGUUCGACAUUGACAAAUACGACGCCGACGUACCUGAAGAUGCUCCCAUUGGUACUGAGGUGGCAGCAGUAAGAGCCACCGAUCUGGACAGUGGCAUCAACGCAGAGAUCAAGUAUGGCAUCCAGAAGGGCGCACUUGAUUCAUUCGCCAUCGACAACGUCACUGGUGUCGUCACCGUGUCUUCCAAGUUGGAUUACGACAAGAGAAACACGUACAGGAUACAGAUCAUCGCUUCUGAUCUUGGCAUGCCCAGCCUAACAGGCACCACCGAACUGACAGUACACGUCAUAAACGUCAACGACAAGAAGCCUUACUUCACUCCAGCCAUCCAACGCGCCGAAGUUUCAGCAGACGCUGAGAUCGGAACUCAAGUUCACAACCUUAUAGCGGUGGAUCCGGAUAUCACUGAUAACGGACUGCUGGUUUAUGAGCUGCUGAAGGACCGGCUGAUAAAGGCAGUGGAUAAGAAUGGAAAAGAGGUAUCAAACGAGGGCAUUUUUGACUCCUGGUUCUCAAUCCACCCAAACGGCACCGUUAGCGUCGCUCAGAGGCUUGACCGUGGCCGCGCAGCUGUACUGACCCUACCUGUAGCUGUCACAGAUGCUUCGGCUCCUACCCUGCAGCAGACCGAAGGCGAACUAAUCAUCAACAUAGUGGACGUGAACCGUCACGCGCCAGUGUUCUCGGAGCCAGCCUACCACGAGACCCUGGUGGAGGAGCAGCCUCUAGGCACAGUUCUGAAUGUCUACACCGCCACGGACAAGGAGUCGCCUAUAGCUGCCAUCGUCAUCAGCCCGCCCAACCCUUACUUCGAGAUUGAUAACGUUACUGGAAUCGUCAAAAUAAUCCAGCGCAUAGACUACGAAAAGAUCCAUUCCACAAACUUCACUCUCGUGGCGUUUGAUUCCGGCGUUCCCCAGCUAUCCACCUCAGCUACUGUCACGGUUGACAUCGUGAAUGUCAACGAUGAGGAACCAGUGUUCGCUGCCACUGCCUAUGACGCUGUGGUUGCUGAACACUCUACGGCAGGAACUAAGGUCUUGACUGUCACUGCUGUUGAUAAGGAUGAAGGCGAAUUCGGCGAAGUCACCUACAGCCUAACCGGCAACUUAUCAUCCCUAUUCACCAUCGACCCAUCAUCCGGGGUCAUCACCGUAGCCGACGGUGCUGUGAUCGAUCGCGAGACCACCAGCGAUGUUUACCUCCACGCUAUAGCUAGUGAUAACGCACCGAAGCAGAUGCGCAAGAGUACUAGUGUGCCUGUCCACAUAAAAGUCCUAGACAUCAACGAUAAUCCACCAAUAUUCACCCAAAAAGUCUACAAGAGCACUAUCGCGGAGAACCUUCGACUGGACCCUCCAGCGGCUAUCAUGCAAGUAUUGGCCGAAGACAAGGAUGAAGGCAUCAAUGGGAAGUUGGAGUAUAAGAUUGUGGAGCAGAGUGAACCUGGAGUGUUCUCAGUAGACCCCAACAACGGUAUCAUCUACCCAGCCAAGCCAGUCACCGGUAACACUACCUACCACCUCACCGUAACUGCCACAGACGAGGCGGGUCGCGGCAUACACUUUGAUACUGCCAAAGUUGACAUCUCAGUGCUGAGUGUGAACAAGCACAGUCCGGUGUUUGUGCAGCCUCCGCCGGAGCAGAGACAGCUGGAGAUACCAGAGAACGCUGCCCAAGCAGACUACCUGAUCACAACCAUCAAAGCCACCGAUGAGGACAGCGGCGAGAACGGCCGCGUGUCCUACUACCUUAAAGUGGACAACCAGAACGUGGGAGAGACACAGGAGUUCAGUUUAGAUGCUGACACUGGAGAGCUGAGGACUAAGACCUUCCUGGAUAGGGAGCACAAGUCUGAGUACCAGCUGGUGAUAGUGGCGGUAGACAACGGAACUCCAGCCCAGUUUGAAAGCCUUCGCUUGUUGUCUGUGGUGCUAGCUGAUGACGACGACAACGCUCCUCGCUUCCCGCAGACCUUGCACCAGUUCAGCAUCAAGGAAAACCUGCCGGCUGGCGUUAUUGUUGGUACUGUUAAAGCCACGGACAAAGAUUCCGGUGAACACGGCAAGGUGUACUAUCACAUUCUGGAAGGCAACCAGGCGGGAGCGUUUACCCUGGAUAGGACACAGGGCAUCAUCAGAGCUAACAUUAGCUUCGACAGAGAAAAGCAAUCCGAAUACUCUCUCACGAUAUACGCGAGCAACAGCCCGAUACUAGAGCAUGCAGCAGCGAUCCUUAACUCUAUCGACAACAGCACGGAAAGCCAGGAUCCGGCUGUGGCAAUCGUGAGGAUCAGAAUCCUGGACGAAAACGACAACGAGCCGAAGUUUCAGCAGAAGGUCUAUUACGCAGGUAUAAAACACACAGCGCGAGUCAACGAGCCCGUCAUAUCAGUAGUGGCUGAAGACCCUGACCUGGACGAGAACGGAACCUUGAUCUACAUGGUGGCAGCCUCCAACCUGUACAAGUUCGGCGCCUCGCAGUCUAGCGGGAGCGUCGUACCGUCUCCUUUUAACAUCAGCCAGGAUGGCGUGCUGAUGACGGCGCACUACAUGUCGGAGUACAACCAGGACCGCUUCGUGCUGGACAUCAUCGCGCAGGAGGCCGCGCCGCCGCACAGACAGGCUAAAGCACAGGUUUAUGUGUGGAUAAUCGACCGCUCGUCGCUCAUCCGCAUGGUGGUAUCCCGAAGCUGCAGUGCGCCGGUGGGAGGAGUUCAGAAGCGAUUGGCUACUGCUGGGAAUGUUCUUUUAGUCCCUGGCAGAAGACUACCGUUGGUGCAAGCUGAUAGGCGGUAUGACGACUGGUGCGAAAUCCACCUUCUGGCGGUAGACCCUUCGACGUACCAGGUGCUUCCAGUAGAAAGGGUGCUAGAGACCAUCGACUCCAAGUUCGACGACCUCAAGGACAUCUACCAGGAGUUUGGAGUCGAGACGCUUAUUGCAGCCAGCGCUACUUCUAAAGCACCAGACAGCUUCGACCCAGCCCUAGCGGCACUAAUAGCUUUGCUGAUUGUGCUGUUCACUGGAAUCGUCACUUUCAUUGUAGUCUGCGCUUGUCUCAAACAUUGGGUGAUACCUCCCCCAUCAAUGCAGUCAAGCAAAGGCGACAGUCUGGCUCGCCGCCGGAUCCUGGAAGAGCUGAGCACGACAGAGAACCCGCUGUGGCUGGAGACCAAGUUGCGGCCCUACGAGGAGCAGGAGCUCACCAUGAAUGUGUUCGGUGACCAGCCCGACCAGCCGCCUGAUCAGGCGCCGCCGGACAACACGUACGCUACGAUCCAAACAUCGCGCACGGCGGAGCGGUUCGGCGACUACGCCACGCUGGGCGGCGACUCGCCCACGCCGCUAGAAGCCGCCCUAGGAUUCCAGGGCAGCACAUUUAAGCCGCCAUCCCCAGAUACUCCCGAGCCGCCGCCUCGGCCUUCAGCAGGCUUAGGACAACUAUGAUAAUGUAUGUAAAGCUACUUGUAAAUUAUACACGACUUAGAUAUUCAGGCUUCAAGUCUGAAAGGUCUACUUUGACCGCUUAUAAAGGUUCUAUACCUAUUUGAUUGUAUGUAUAUUUAUCACAGAUAACUGUGUUGGUCCACUUUAUUGUGAUGAUUCAGAGCUGAUUUUUCUUUAUAGGGAAUAGAUGUGUACCCAAAAUACUACCUUGUGGAACACUCUCAGUUUUGUUCUUAAGAGAAGUUUAUUAAACUGGGUACAGUCAAAAUUAACUUAUGAGCAAAUUAUAGAUUUAAGGAAAUUGUAUCCUAUUGUCCAACAAUAUAAUUUAUGAAUUUGUGUUACUAUAACACAUUUCUGAUUUUAAGUCACAUAUUAAUGUAUUUAGGAAAGCUUUAGCUAUUUAAUUUUUGUCAUGCAUGUUGGCAAUGUAUUAUUUUACUUUUGGAGUUUUUUCACAAUUUUGACCAAGACUGUCUAAAUUAUUAUUACUAGGAUUGUUACCAUUUGAAUAAUGUAAUAUUUUUGUUUAUUGUAAUACAUUGUCAACGUCCAUUUAUUUAGGAUUGCUUUUAUACUAAGGUAUUAUUAUAAACAAAUUAUCGAUCUGACCUAUCAAGAAUUUCUAUGCGAUCUUAGCCAAUGUCCUGUUUCUAUAAUUAUGUUGUAUUUGUCAUGAAUCGUGUACAGUACUUAUGUAUGUUGAAUAUUUUGAUGCUUAAUGUGCAUAAUAUUAUUAAAAUAAUUUAAUAAUUGAUCUUAGAGGUCACCCAUUUAUGAAUCUUAAUAUUUUUAUAUUAAUUAUACACAAGAAUAUUAUAAAUAAAACCAGGCGGGUGAAACAAUGACAAUAAUAAACAUAAUUAAAAAAAGAAGAAGAUAUCAUUAUAGUGUAAAACCAAUGUCAUUUUUGUAGUAAUAGUACCAUGUAAUUGCCAUAUUUGUAAAUUAUACAAUUAGUGUACAAAUUGUUUAUACUAUUAGUGUAAUUCAUUGAAAAUUAUAUUUGGAACUAAGGGACCAAUAAAGACUUUCCUUCAAGUAAGUUAAACCUAUCUUUUGGAACAGAUUAUUUUAAUAACAAAAUAAUUAAUCAAGAAUAGUCAGUAAUAUAGACUUUAUUGUGUAAAUAUUGUCAAUGAAUUUUAUACCUAAAAAGUAUUAUUUAAUAAUGAAAAAUACAAGAUGAUUUUCA